AUGUCAACGUUAUUCAACGCUAGAGAUUGUUCAUCAUCAUCAAAAAUCAGUACAUUUGAUGUAAAACUCGGAUACCCGAUAAGUGUUUUAAAAGUGACACAAGGAAUGUCACCUUCACUGUUGCGGUUGCCGAUUUGUUGUUGCAUAAAGGACGUGCGUGAGACGUCGGAAAAUCAGGACGCAAAAUCGCCUUUCACCAUUGCCGUAAAUGGAAAACACAUGCUGACUGUCCCAAAAAUGGCCGUAAAUGGUCGUGUGGUCUGCGCAACUCAUCCGUGGACCUCAUCGUCUCCUAGUCAAGUUAUCAUUGACAUACCAGAUGAGUUCACCACAGCAAGGACAUCUCGAGAUCAUUGCAAUAAUCAUCUACCGAUGAACGAAUUGAUGCGGUUGGUUCGAAUAGAAGAAGGACUGAAGGUGACUCCAAGGCCCUACCUGUUGCAAGAAAAACCGUCCGGAUCGUCUCUCGCUUCUACUUCCAACAGCCGCAAAAGCUCAUCGAUAGCGAGCGAGCAAAAGGUCCCCAGAGUGAUAUGUCCUCCACAGACACUUGAUGCCAAGCUGCUCCUUCGACGGGAACGAGCCAGAAAGGCCAUAUUCGACUGUAAUGGUGACAUCACCACGCGAAGCUCCCCUCCACGAUCUAAUCGGUACAGAAGACGCUCGAUCAGUUCGAUAGCCACAAUUUCUGGAGAAAGUCAUCUGAUCCUGCAGCAACCGCCCCCGGCUGCCUCAGCCGUUCGAUAUAUCGCUGUUUUACCGCACAUGUUCAUUGCUUUUAUCACUAUAUCCCUGACUUGGUUAGCUAACCUGGUCGGUUUCAUGGCCCGGUAG